AUGACAGAUGUCUUACCUGAAAGAUUAAGAGAUAAAUUAAAUAUCCUUCAAGACAAUCUUAAACGUGCCUUAAGUGGCUAUGAAAAUACUGAUAAGAAACUUCCAACCAGGUCCUAUUCUAAUUUUUAAUCUAAUAAAAUUGGGAUUCGUAUUUGGGAUUUAGAUGAUAAACGACAUUGCAAUUACUUAAUGAUUAGUUUAAAACAAUUAGAAAAGUAAGAGAGAACAUACUUUUUUGACAAAGUAAAGCCUAAACAAAGAAUUCGUUUAGAUUGCAUUUUCAAACCAACUUAAUAAAUAACUCCUCUUUAAUCUGAUCCAUCUUCUAAUCCAUCAAAUUUAAAAAUAUCAAAGAGAUUAAGUUUUUCAGAUAGUUUAGUCUUAAGUUCUCCUUAAAAAAAAGCAAAUGAAUUGUUCAUUAAACUAAAUUUGUAAACUAUCAACAAAUCUAGCCCAAUAAAAAUAGAUGAAUCCAUUAAAGCUAAUCGUUAGUUGCCUAAUUAAGAAUAAGGAUUCAAUUUCUAGUAAAUAUUUAGUAAUACAUCCUUAUAAAAAUCUGUAAGUAUGUCUGUCAAAAGUAUAAAUGAAUAUGAAAUUUGUUCGUUAAAAGAAAUACUCUAAAAAAAGAAUGGACACAAAUAUCAUUCAAUGGAAAAAGAUUAAAUAAAUCCAAACUCAGUAUUACUAUUUAAAGAAUUAUCAAUUUUAAAUGAUAAUGCUAAUCUAUAAAAAUAAGUCUUAUUACAAAAUAAUAACAAUAUAUUUCAAUUUCAGUCUAUGAAACAAGAUUAAAUUGACUAAGUAGCAAAAGAGAUAUAAUUAAAUUUUAGUAAUUUGAAAUAGGAAUAAAUAAUACAAUGUUCUGUUAUUUAACAAUUACCAAAAUUUGAUCUUGAUUCAACUAAAUAUAAUCAUUCUUUAAAAAUAUUAGAGAGAUAAACUAAAAUAGAUAAGAUUUCAAGAUUAGGAAUAAUAGUAUCUACUAUAAAGAAAGAACCUUAACAAUAAAAUAACAAUUAAAUAUAAACAUCUUUAAUUUAAAUUAAGUGUUAAUAAUUGGCAAGAGAUGUUGGUUAAAGAAAGCCAAAUAUUUUAAAUUUUUAUGUUAAUACAUUAGAUGAAUUAGUUGUUCGUAAAUUACCUUAAGAAAAUUAACCAGCAAGCAUUAUGACAGCUUUUAAAAUUAUUAAAAUGGAUUAAUAACCAAAAUAAAAUACUCUAAAUAAAUUAAUUAAUUAAAACAAAUAAUUAAAUUAUGAAUAAGUGUUUUUUAAUAAUGAACCAUAAAUACUCAGUUUAAAAUCUAUCAACUUAUCUCUACUUCAAUAAGAUAAGAAUAAUUAACACAAUAUAUUGAUUAUGGAUCUAAUGACUAUUGUUGAUAAAGAAUGUUUUGAGAACACAAAAAUUUAACCAAAAAUAUGUUUCUAAUAUGAAUAAAAUUUAGAAAAAAAUAGAAAAAAGAUUGAAGAGAUCAAACAAUUAAUUUCAACAUCAAAAAAAUAAAAUCCCUUAACUUAAUUGACUCAUAGUAAAUAAUAAUCAAUUAAGGAAUAAAAGUUAUAAAUAGAAAUAUUAAAACCAGUUAGGAAUAUUUCAGUAUGUUCAAAUGAAAGACGAUAAUCUUCAGUAGGACUUAAUACUCCAAUAAGGAGUCCAAAUUUUAAUCAAUAAAAAGGAUUUAUGUAGAUGUCAAAAAAUGAUAAAUCUGCUUUAAAUAGAUUUAAAAAGAUUAAAUAUUUAGGAAGAGGAAAUAUUAGUGAUGUUUAUUCAGUAAUGUAUAAGCUUUAAUAAUUCUUAUAAUAGAGACACUACAACGGGUAUGUUAACAGCCUUGAAAAUAAUUUAAAAAUCUGUGAUCACCAGCAAGGGUAUUCAAGGAUUAAUUAAAACUGAGAUUUGUAUUUAAAGUUUUAUACAACAUCCAAAUAUUCUAAAAUGUUAUGGAGUUAUAAAUGAUGAUAAAUAAGUAUUAAUAUAUAAUAUAUUAGAUUGCUUUGGUUUUAGAAUUGGGUGAUAUAACUUUAUUUAAUUAUAAAAAAGAGAAAAAAUUAACAGAAAAAUAAAUUAUUGAUAUAAUCUAUUAAGUGUUGAAAGGAGUUAAUUAUUUACAUUAAUAUGGAAUCAUUCAUAGAGAUAUAAAACCAGAGAAUAUAUUAUUAUAAGGAGAAGUUAUUAAAUUAGCUGAUUUAGGAAUCUGCAUUAAAGCUAAUAAUGCUUAAUAAUAUUGUGGAACACCUGGUUAUAUGGCACCAGAAAUAACAAUGAAAUAAAAAUAUGAUAAUAAAGUUGAUUGUUAUAGUAUUGGUGUAUUAAUGCAUGAAUUAUUAUUUGGAAAGAUUCCAAAAAGUGGAUAAUAAGUUAAUGGUGAUACUUAAUUAAUAAAAUUAAUGAAUAGAUUAUUGGAAAUAAAUCCAGCAUUAAGAAUUAGUUGUAAAUAAGCCUUAGAAUAUGAAAUGUUUAGAUUCUGUGAAAAGAAAAUGGCACAAUAUUCAGAAAUGAUAAAAAACACUAUUUUUUGGGAUUAUUGA